AUGUCGGUCAGCUCGACAUUAUAUUCGAAGGCACCGACGAUCGAGGUCCUGACGAGACGAUACAGCGCUGACGACCUUAUGGAGGAGUGGGUUUCGACAGUCACCGGCUCGGAUCUCUCCGUGGCUCGCGUCUACCUUGCCUUCUCGUGGGGAUGGUGUUUCUACUACGGAAUGGAAAAUCAGACAGGACCGCUCCUCGACUCGGUCGCGCAUAUCCGCGUCUCCUUCGAGGCACCCGAGUCGAGCAACGACGAGACCGAUAUCCUACGAGCAGUUGCGGAUUUCGGCGGCUUCUGGGAUAUUCUCAGCCCGUCUCGGCGCUCGUAG